AUGCUUGCAAACGACUACCGUAAAAGCAGGGGACAAAACAUUCUCGCCAGGAGAGGUCGGAGGGUCAAAAUCCAUUUCGUCAGAUUUGACAGGUCUAAAUGGGAUGAGAUAGGCAUCUUUAUAAAUGACACUUGCUUCGUGCAAUCUAGUCUCAUGUCGAAUCUUCAAAACAUUGUCUCAAAUGCGAUGUAUUUCAUACCAGGUAAGACUCUAUUUGCUAAAGCUGGUUUAGUUCCCCCACCGUAUAAGGCUAAAGUGUUUGAAAGUGACAAAUGGCUCGAGAUUUGCUUCCAUAUUUUCGAUGAUUGGGCGCGGAAUUAA